UUCCGGCCUUGUGAGAGGGGUUAGCCGGCCUCCUGACAUGAAGGCCCCUGGACCCAGAGGUUGGAACCCACUGUGACACACGCAUGAUGUGGACUCUCCUUCACAUCUUCUGGCUUGCUCUGGCCUGUGGUUCUGUUCACACUACCCUGUCAAAGUCAGAUGCCAAGAAAGCUGCCUCAAAGACUCUGUUGGAGAAGACUCAGUUUUCAGAUAAACCUGUCCAAGAUCGGGGUCUGGUGGUGACAGACCUCAAAGCCGAGGAUGUGGUUCUUGAGCAUCGCAGCUACUGCUCGGCGAGGGCCCGGGAGAGAAACUUUGCUGGAGAUGUCUUGGGAUAUGUCACUCCAUGGAACAGCCAUGGCUAUGAUGUCGCCAAGGUCUUCGGAAAUAAGUUUACACAGAUCUCACCAGUCUGGCUACAGCUAAAGAGACGUGGCCGUGAGAUGUUUGAAGUCACAGGCCUCCAUGAUGUGGACCAAGGGUGGAUUCGAGCCAUCAGGAAGCAUGCCAAGGGGCUGCGCAUAGUACCUCGGCUUCUGUUUGAGGACUGGACUUAUGACGAUUUCCGGAAUGUCUUGGACAGUGAAGAUGAGAUAGAAGAGCUCAGCAAGACUGUGGUCCAGGUAGCAAAGAACCAGCAUUUUGACGGCUUUGUGGUGGAGGUCUGGAGUCAGUUGCUGAGCCAGAAGCACGUGGGCCUCAUCCACAUGCUAACCCAUGUGGCCGAGGCACUGCAUCAGGCCCGGCUGCUGGCCAUCCUGGUCAUCCCACCUGCUGUCACCCCUGGGACUGACCAGCUGGGCAUGUUCACGAACAAGGAGUUUGAACAACUGGCUCCUGUGCUAGAUGGCUUCAGCCUCAUGACCUAUGACUACUCUACAUCACAGCAGCCUGGCCCCAAUGCACCACUGUCCUGGGUUCGGGCCUGUGUCCAGGUCCUGGACCCCAAGUCCCAGUGGCGGAGCAGGAUCCUUCUGGGGCUGAACUUCUAUGGCAUGGAUUAUGCAGCCUCCAAGGAAGCCCGUGAGCCCGUCAUUGGGGCUAGGUACAUCCAAAUGCUGAAGGACCACAGGCCCCGUGUGGUGUGGGACAGCCAGGCCGAGGAGCACUUCUUUGAAUACAAGAAGAACCGUGGCGGGAGGCACCUGGUCUUCUAUCCAACUCUGAAGUCCCUACAGGUGCGGCUGGAGCUGGCCAGGGAGCUGGGCGUCGGGGUCUCCAUCUGGGAGUUGGGCCAGGGCCUGGACUACUUCUACGACCUGCUCUAGACUGGGCAGCGGCCCCCACGUGGAUAUGGACUUUUCUAAGCCAUGGAGUACCUGGUGAAAUACAGACCUCUGUUCUGUUUGCUGUGA